CUCGUGGCCUCUGCUGUAGAGCAGCUAAGCGGCGGUGCUCCAGCUCGAGCCUAGCCCAGCCCCCCACACGCCAAACCGGCCUGCCUCAAUUUAACGGGGAGGUAAGCGCGGUUGUUGCCGAAACUCCCGUUCUCUGCUGGGAUUUUUUUACCAACGCUGGUUCAAACGAACACUAGAUUUUUUUUAUUCUUACUUUUGGAGUGUCGACACUACAUAAGGUUUGCCAGUGUGUUUUAAUUGUAUUUUACCAAACCCGUGUUGGCUAAUGGCACCUUGGCACAAAGACGUYCAAUGAGCCGAUGUUGGCUAACUCUAAACUAGCCUGCUAACAACACCCGCCGAGGACGACGAGCACAUCAUUCACACACUCGGAUARUCUCCGCUGACUCUCACCGUGUAAGGUGUUGGCUUCUUGCUCGUAGCCGUUUAUCUCUACUGUCAUGACGGAAAUGGUUGUUUUCGGUCAGCGCUCAUGACUACGGAGGUUGAAGCGGCUUUUCUGCGUCGCUGCUGGGGUUUUGGAUGUCAUAUSUGCAGCUAGCCUCGGCGGAGCUUCGGGCUGAUUCGAGGAUGGUGCUAAAGACAAGCUAACGUCGCUCUGCGUGAAAAAGUGAGCGCAAGAAAGUGAGGAAACACUUGAGCCCAGUGGGAGUGCUCAGUUUUGUUUAUGUUAAUCGCAAUUCCGGACUGGAUGACGGCUGGGACGAGCCUGUCGAUCGUAAAAAACGAGUCUAAUGAACCGAGAUUGUGGGAUUAUAUAUCGCUAACAGAUCGAAGGGAUUAUUUUGUGUCUCUUAAGUGGAUUUCGGCCUCCUGUUUCGGAUCAUCGUGGGGACCGCACAGUAGGUGCUUUGACAUUGAGUGAGCCCCGCUCCCGUAAGGAGCAACCACCGCUCUCCCCGGCGACCUUCCACACCCUCUGAUGCGGAGGUUCCAGUAAGCACCGGCAACCAGACCCUCCACGGCGGCCGGACAUGCUGAAGUGUAUCCCUCUGUGGCGCUGCAACCGCCACGUCGAGUCCGUGGACAAGCGGCACUGUAACUUAAAAACGGUCCCGGAUGAAAUCUUCCGCUACAGUCGCACCCUGGAGGAACUUCUCCUCGAUUCCAACCAACUCAAAGAGCUUCCAAAGCCUUUCUUCAGACUACUGAACUUACGGAAGCUCGGCCUGAGUGACAAUGAGAUCCAGAGACUUCCUCCUGAGGUGGCCAACUUCAUGCAGCUGGUGGAACUGGACAUCUCCAGAAAUG